AAGGCUCAUUUCAUCCACGCCUUGAAUACUUCCUGCCCGCAGAUGAAGGUAUUCGAUACAGUGGAGGAAAUACCAAAUGCGGCCUCAGUUUUGAAGAUUGAGGAAUUCUACCCCAAAGACUUAAAUAUCGAUUUGGAUGGAUGCGAUGGCCGCGGCGUGAAUAGGCAUCUGGAUUUUUUUCGACCGAAGUUCCACGCCUGGCUCGAGACAACGCGCCGCAAACCUACUGCAGAGGCACCGGUAACCAUCAGAUUCAAAUGGGCGACUUUCUUCGAAUGGCCAAUAUAUCGAGAUGGACCGGAGUUUGCAUCGACUUUUGGAGACAUCCUGAGGAUACGGAAGGAUUUACAAGAACUUGCUGCCAAAACGCUGUCCGCGAUGUCUAAAUUCGCCGGUGUGGAACCACAUCCGCCUACUCUGGACGCUCCAUAUCUAGGUGUUCAUCUGAGAACCGAGAGUGAUUCCCUAGGUUUCUGGCCCAACUUUGAAGAGCAGAGUAAUGGCUACCUGCAACAAAGCCAGAAAUUGGGCCUUAAGUACGCUUAUCUUGCCUGUGGAGAUGCCAAAGAGGCGAGGCGAUUCACGGACAAAGCAAGGAACCAGACAAUGCCAUUACAUGUUGCCACGAAGAUGACGUUGUUGCAGGGAGAGGAUUAUCAACGGCUAACAAACAUGAGCUGGGAUCAGCAAGCUCUUGUGGACUUUCUGGUGCUAUCGAAGAGCACACACUUUACAGGAUGCUCCUUCUCUUCAUUCACAAUGAACAUCGCAUUCAAACGACAUUUGAUGACCGGUGGGCUCAACACAAGACAAUGGAAGAGCCCAGGAGAUCAGUUUUCAACAUUGAUUGGGCGAUUCGAAAGUUGGUACGGCGAUUGGAUGUUCAUGUACGAAUGCAUGUGGCCCUGAUUUGGUUUGUGCAUUGUCGGUUGCAGACCUGGGGUUAUGUGUUCAGAUCAUACUCGCCGCUAUUCUAGUUGAGAGCUCCCUCCAUCCAACCAGCGGGCUCUCGGCUAUUCCCCAUGAUUCUCGUUACCUUGGCUAGGAAGAGAAGAAAGCGGUUCCUCCAAUUCUGGCGCCUGGAAUUUACUGGCUCCAAUUUCCUGGCCUCGCUUUGAUAGCUUUAGGCAUGUGAGAAUUAGGAGAGCUAGGCCACUGUGUGAUCAAUAGCUGGGCCCUUGCAUGGAGCAUGGCAAGAGGUGAUAUUGUAAGAUGGAGUUUCGGAGUACCCAAGACCUUCAACCGAGAAGUCGAUUGCAUUGAAGGAGUUUUUGGAGGUGC